AUGAGCGGCAAAACGGCAUUCAUGGCCGGUGCGCCAGCUGCUAAGAAACCUACGACAUCUCCGCCUCCAAGCCUUACCGCUCCCCUGGAAUUCGAUGUGAAGGCGACAGCCAUGAAAGGUGCUUCCCCGGUGCCGACGAAGCGAGAACUUCCAACCUCGAAGCCCGUGACUUCGAAAGGCCAAGCCCAACCCGUGCAGCCCGGACCGGUAGAGACACCGAAGCAACCCGGACCGGUACAGACGCCGAAGCAACCCGGACCGGUACAGAUGCCGAAGAGUGCUGCCAAGCCUCCUCCAGCCGAAGGCAGCAGAACCAGCAGUCUGGCCGUCAUGGGCCGUCCGCCAGCCUCGGGACAAGCUGGCUUCCCGAAAGUGCCGGUGCCGAUAAAGCAAUGUCCCAACACACCCACGAAGCAAGCAGUGAAGAGCCAGCCAACAGCUGAUGAUGUUACCAUGGCGAGCCCACCUGUGCCAAAGGCCUCCCCAAAGCCGAGCCCAGCCAAGGAUGUGCACAUGUCGGGUUCUACGCCAACCCCUGCCAAAGUUGGGACACCUUUCAAGCCAGGCUACACGCCCGUCAAGAGCCCGGACUACAAGAAAGCCCGGAGGGCACUCUUUGAAGAUGCCGCCGAGGUGCCGGAAAGCUCUGCUUCGAAGCCUGAUCAACUGCCAGGCUGUCUCAUGAUCAUGCAUUGGGUGUCUGCCAAGUACAGCCAAAGCCAAGCUUCGCCGGCCGGGGUGCAGCCCAUCCGCAGGCCGGACAGCCUCACCACGGUGGCUCGCUCAACAAGCACUCUAGUCCUGGGGGACUUUCCGCGAGAGGAGGAGGACCCCUCGACAGGUGUCCGGAGGUUGAUCUUCGAGGGCUACUAUGGCAUGCCGUGCCAGGACAAGCAGUGGCCCCCUCUUGAAGAAGCUAUUCGCUUCCAAGACGCUUCGCCGAUGAUGUCCUGGAUCAAGGACGCCCUGCCUCGGCAUCCGCAGAAUGGUGUUGUGAUGGAGGAUGACAUCAGGACCGACUUGCUGAUGGACUCGGAUGGCCUAAAGUACUUAAUGCUACUCGUCAACGGAGCUUGGACAAAGGUUUCUGAGUAUGAGGCUCUGAAGGCCAAAACCGCAGCCGUGGCAGAGGCAGUCCACAACCAAGCCGAGAACAUGAUCCAGAAGCUUCGGCAACAGUUGGACAACGGCGAAUUGGGCGAGGACCUACUGCACAAACGUGCUACAGCCACGGAGCAGUGGAGGUCCAAGAAGAGCAAGGAGAUCCAGGAUCACCUGGAGCGGGCGGAGUUGGCUGCACUCGUGGCCAUCGACAAAUCAGUCGAUCCCCUCUUGGGCAAGUGGAACCUGUUCAACGAGUUUGGUUGGAUGCAAACAACGACGAUCGAGGAGGACAUAGGCGAGCAGCUCUUCAUGGACGAGCUGGAGGAGCCGUCGUCGCUCCCGCUUCCGGAGACCUUGGUGGACACGCAGGGAACAGGCAACCAGGCUAUGGAAGGAGUGGUUUCGCAGCCCAUGCAAGCAGAAGCCACGCAGGGAACACGCGACCAGCAGGAAGCCAUGCAGCAAGGACCGGAUUCGGAGUCGGGGGUCCCUAUGCAAGCAGACGCAAAUCUAGCAGAGGCCACACAGGGAACACGCGACCAGCAGGAAGCCACGCAGCAAGCACCGGAUUCGGAGUCAGGGGUCCCGAUGCAAGCAGACGCAGAGGCCACACAGGGAACAGGCGACCAGCAGCAGGAAGCCAUGCAGCAAGCACCGGAUUCGGAGUCAGGGGUCCCGUUGCAAGCAGACGCAGAGGCCACGCAGGGAACAGGCGACCAGCAUGAAGCCGUGCAGCAAGCACCGGAUUUGGAGUCAGGGGUCCCGACGAUGCAAGCAGAUCAAGCCACGCAGGGAACAGGCGACCAGCAGCAGGAAGCCAUGCAGCAUCCGGAUCCAGGGGUCCUCCAGCUGGCCCCGGUUGAGGCUCGCAGCAAGACGGGGGCCAGGACGGAGGCCGUUUUCAAGGCAUUGGAGAAGCCCAACUCUUUCGAUUUGAAGGACCCGAGUUUCGAAGUGACGCUUACCAAGAAGGAAGGCGAAUCCAAUGAGGAGUGGAUGACGAGGGUGGCCCACAACGUCUUCAUGAAGUUCCACCGGACCACCAUGGCCCACGGCCUCGAGAUUGCAAUGCCGGGCGGCUCGAAUGCGGGUUCCAGCUCCGGCCUCACACGCAGGCCGUCCUCGAUGGCUUUGCCGCUGGCUCUUGGGGAUCAGGAGGCAGGCUCGACCCUGGCAACCCAACCGGAAACCAUGGACAAGAAGAAGAAAACCGCCCUCACGAACCACUCCAAGAACAAGAUUGCCCUGGCUUCCACAAAGCUAGAGGAGUCGAGUGUGCUGCAGGAGGAGAUCGCCGGGAACAAGGAUAUGUCGCAGCCGAUCCGCGACGGCUUCCUCACGGAUCUCAAGAACCACAAAGAGAGCCUUCAGCAAGCCAGGGACAAGCUGCAGGCUGAGGUGGACAAGGGCUCGGGUGAUCGGCUUCAGGAGCUUUUGGACGAGGUCACACAAAAGAUUAAUAACUAUGUGCAGGAGAGCCAUCCCAAGCCCAGGCAGGGCCGAAGGCCAAAGCGAAGGCGAAGGGCCGCGGCGGCAAGAAGAAGUGAUCAAGGCUGA